AUGGAUGCAAAGAAGUUCAUCCAGUUGCUCGAGGAAAAGAAGAAGCGAAUUUUGGAGAGGAAAGAAGCCCCAUUGAAAUGGGAGCAGAAACUUGAAGCUGCAGCCAAGGCAAAGGCUGAUGCCGAAGCCAAUGCCAAAAGAGUGAAGAGCACUAAGCACAAGAAAAGAUCUCCUGCAGCAUCUGAUGGUUAUAGCAGUGACAGCAGUGAUGAAGGAAGGAAACCCAAAAAGUCCCAUAAGAAGCAUAGGAAGCAGAAUUACUCUGAUUCAGGGGACAGCGAGAGGAAGAAGGAGAGGAAAUCUAAGCACAAGCCUAAGAAGAGAUCCUCUGACUCUGAUGAUGAUGAUGAUUACAGCGGAUAUGAUACUGAUUCGCAAGAGGACAGGAGAAAGAGACGAGCCCACAAAAAGCGACGACAUCAUGAUUCUAGUUCAGAUUCCUCUGAUUCUGACUCUUCGGGAGAUGAUGAUGAGGCUUUUAGGAGGAGAAAUCGUGUAAAGAAUCACAAACGCCAUCAGAGAUCACAUUCCAGUGAUUCUGACUCAGGAACCGAUGAUGAUGAUUAUUCAGGGAAAAAAAGAACUCGUGGAAGAAGGCAUCACAAACGGUCUAGAAGAUCAAGCUCGAGUUUUUCUGAUUCAUCAAGUGAGGAUGACACUGUUAAGAGGAAGAGUCGCGCAAAACACCACAAGCAUCAUCGCCGGUCUCAGAGCCAUGACUUGAAGUCCUCAGAUCCAGAGGACCAUUCACGUGAUAGGAGCAGAUCUAUAGGAAAGUCAUCUGAUAAUGACUCUGAUAGAAAAGAAAACCAUAGAAGGCAUCAUCACCGACAUGGUCACCACCACUACCACAAUGGCAGUCACAGAAGUCACCACUCUGAUGAGAUGAAAAUGGAUGCUCAGCAGCCGGGGAAGCCAACAGAAGCAAAUGGGAAAUCUGGUUUGCAAGAUGGGAAUCCUGAAAAUGGUCAUGGUGGUAGUGAAUUCUGA